AUGGACAGCCGGUCCGCAGCUCGUCGCUCGUCAGAAGCGAAAUCGGGAUCGGAUUCGGAAGGAGCGAACGACAUGCGAGACGAGGAACGCGGGUGGAGCCCGUCGGAGGGAAGCGAGGGGUCGAGCGACGGCAGCAGAGGCGCGGAGGAGGCGCAGCGCGGAAAUAACGCACGGAGAGCGGCGGCGGAGGCUGUAGCAGAGGCGGAAGAAGAUUCAGGCGUGCGGGAAGUGGAGGAAGAGGAACUAGGGGAUGAGGCGGAGGCGGAGGAGGGGGAGGAGGGGGAGGAGGAAGGGGAGGAGGGGGACGACGAUGCGGAUGAGCCUCCUGAGGAGUCUUUUCAGCCUUUUCAGUUUGCGCCCGAUUCCCCUCCCCCCGCGGCUCUUCCGCUCCCCGAGAUGUCCCCCGCGCCCUUGGAACGCGCGCGAGUCACGACCCCAUCUGACGACGACGAGGAUGAUGAUGACGUGGCGGAUGACGACGAUGACGUGGACGAAGAUCGUCGUACGGGCCCGCGGCUGCCACGUCGGCCUGCGAGAGCCGCAGGAUCCACUCGGGCUGUAGCGCGGGGGGCGGCUGUAGCGCCGGAGAUGACUGUAGCAGAUCUGGAGUUCCCAGGGUCGCUGCUGGGGACGAUCGUGGACGGGUUGGGCAAGUGGCCUUGGACGGUCUGGCCUAACCACAUGCGCUCCUGCCUCGCUGCUGCUGCUCGUAUACUGCACGCCGCCGCUGGUGAUGCUGCUGAUGCGGCUGGUGCAGCACCUGUCGCAGCAGGCCCAGGCGAUUCAGGUCCCAUAGUGAGUCCCGCGGUGCGCGCAGAGGCGCAGCGGCUGAUGCGACGCGCUGUGCUGAAACGCAAGCUGGCUACGCUCUUCAGAGAGGCUGCUCCCAGCCUGUUUGAGAAGUGCCUGGACGACCGCGCCAUCUGGAAGUGGGGACGCGACGUACAUGGGAAUAUCUUCGAGGCGUUUGUUUCCCUUAUGGAUGUGAUUGUAUUGAAGCUGCCUGAUUUGAUUAUAGCGAGGGAGGUUCUGGCGGAUGCAGCGGCUGCUGCUGCUGGAGACGGGGUGAUGGUGGGUGGGGGGGAGGGGGACGGGCAGAAGGAGAGAGUGAGGGAGAGGAAGGAGGAGGUUGAGGAGGCAGAGAGGAGGAGUGUGGAGGUAGAAGAGGAGAUAGCAGCGCUUCUAACAGCCAUGGCGCAGGGAUGGGACAGCACGUGCCAGUUCCACUGCAAGCACAAGAACGAGCAGCUCCCACGUGUCGCGCCGCGAUUGGACCGCCCGUGCUUCUACGCCAUCUCCCUGCCUCUAGACCCCGCCCCAAUCGGCCCCUCCCUCCCCGGAACCCAGGCGCCUGGGGGAAGGAGAGGCGCGGGGGGAAGGGGGGAGCUGGGGGAAGAGGGGGAGGGCGGAAACGUGGGCUCACACCAGUGGCUGGUGCGGUUUCUGAAUUACUUUGGGCAGACGACAUACGGGAAUGGGUAUGAGCGCGUGGUGCAUGUGCUUCGGAAGCUCAUGGCAGGGUUCAAGAGGCAGUGCUAUGCGCAUGUUGCCAGGAUGAAAGCGCUCAGGAAGGCAGGGUCACCGCCCCCAUCACCGUCACCUUCGCUCCCUCGCCUGCCCGCCCCGCGCAUGCCUCUGGUGGUGGUAGAAGCGCUGCUGCGCCCCCUGGCAACGGCAGCAGAGUUCCUCACUCCUCACGUCGGCAACAUGCUGCUGGUGGUGGGUGCCGUGUCGAGCCGUGCUGCUGGCAAUAACGCACAUCAUCACCCAUGCUCAUGUUUCCCCUCUCGCUGCCCCUCCCUCCCUCCCUCCCUCCCUCCCUCCCUCCUUCCCUCCACCAGCCGUGCCGAGCCGUGCUGCUGGGCAGGCAUAGCGCAACCACUUAAUUUCGCUCAACGAGGGGCCCAGGGAUGGCUCCUUCCAGUGCCUCUCACUCACCCUCUUCCCCCUGCCUGCCCCCUCCUCUCUCUGAAUAGAGCGCAUACCCUGUGUGCCCCCUCCUCCUCCCUCCCUCACUCUGUUCCUCACCAGCCGUGCCGAGCCGUGCUGCUGGGCAGGCAUAGCGCACCAUGCACAGACGUGCUUGUUGCCAUAACGCGGUGCGUCACUGGUAACCGGAUGGAUUCACUCAACGAGGGCCCCCGGGACGGCUCCUUUCAGUGCCUCUCGCUCACCCUGCGCCACGUGCGCGCGCUGCUCGCCCUGCCCUCCUCUGCUCGCUCCGUGCGCUCCAGUCUCUUUGAAAUUGAGAUGGCAAACGAGGAAGCGGAUGCAGUGGAGGAGGAGGACGAGGAGGACGAGGAUGACGUACCGGAUGGGUAUGAUGAUGCGGAGGUGGCAGCAGAGGCAGUGGUGGGGAGGGUGCAGAGAUGCAUGGUGCAGCGCAUGCUGGGAGCGCCUUCUUUCAGCAAGCAGUUAUCAGCUGCCAGGGAGAUCAACCGCAUGCUAGAAAGUUCGGCUGCUCUGGAGAUGAGGGACAAGGGGGCAUCCGUGGCGUCAACAAUUGACUGGAUGGAGGCCAAGGAAAUUCUGCCACUUGUCCUGCGCUCCAACCUGCACCACAAGCAAUACGUGGACCAGGUGGUAAAGAUCAUGCGCGCGCUGCUCAACCAGCGGCGGCUGCUUGGGAAGCACCUGGAUGCCGUGUGGGCCGCCACCGAGAAGCCCGACCAGUUUGAAGCGGUGAAGAACAACAUUUUCGACCUGCUGGCAGAGCUGGCUUGGUCUUUCUCAGACGAGCAGCUCGACUCUCUCUUCUCCCGCCUGCAGCACAUCCAGGGGCGCUCAGCGGCAGACAUCGCAAAGCUGAUGCAGCUGGUGAAGAAGCUCGCACGCUCCGAUACCCGUGGCGUCAUGGCCUCCAGGCUGCUCCAGCUGCUCUGGACGCUCGUGUUCGACCCACCCCACACACAUGCAGUCUCAACUGGAUCAGCUUCAGCAUCAGCAGCGUCAGCACCAGCUUCGGCAGCAGCGUUGGCAGCAGCAGCAGAUGUUGCGUCAGUGAACGUGCUUGAAUCAAAGGCCCUCACGGAGGUGCUCGGCCACUAUGCUUCUGUUGGGUGUGCUAAUAAAGAGGAGUACAUGCAGCGCUGUCUGCAGGCCAUCUCGCGGGAGGAGAGUGUCAUUCCAGCCCUGCAGCUGCUGCGGGAGAUCAUCUCUUUGCAACCCAACCCCGCUCCACCUGCUGAGGAGCAGCAGAUGCUGCAGGCGCAGCUCCAGUCAUUGAAUACAAACCAUGAGCUCGAGUACACUGUACUGGGCAGUCUGCAGACCUACAAGGGUCUGGCCCGCUCCCUGUUCGCCUCCGCACGCUCUGCCUCCCCCCACCAACCACAGCCCAUGACUGCUCCAAGCAAACCUCUUCCAGUCAGCCCCGUUCCACCCAGCAGCAGCAGCAGCCCACUACCAGUUUCAGAUGCCAGCGUCUUACCCAGCAGUGACGGCAGUCCCAUGCAUGGCGUGGUGGAGCAGGAGGAGGAGGAGGAGGAGGUGAGGCAGGAAUGCAGCGGUGGGGAUACGACGGCAGAGCGAUCGUUGCCCACUAUGGACUGUGAUGAACCGCAAGGGCAGCAGCAGCAAGGGCAGCAGAGGCAGCGGCUGCAGCAGGAGCAGAAGGAGCAAGGGCAGCAGCAGCAGCAGCAGCAGCAGCAGCAGCACGUGCAGCUGCAGCGGCAGUUGGAGCAGUGCACGUUGGUGGAUGGCAGACACUCCCACCGCGACAACAUCACCGCCCGCCUCUCCUUCCUCCUCUGGGCGCUCCAGGCAGGCGGCAUGGAGCUACAGCCAGAGGGGCUGCGGGUGAUUUGGACCGAGUUAGUGGAGCACCCAGCAUGCCCUGAUGACCGCCAGCUGGCGCUGACGUGGCUUGUCGCGAGAGAGGGCGUGCAUGUGGCAGUGGCGGGGGGUGUGUGCGAGGUGAGGGGAGUGGAGCUCGUGUGGUCGCUGGCCCUGCGCUGCCCCUCCCCUGCCACCUGGCAGCCCUGCAUCCAGCAACUUAGGGACCUACACUCGUCCCUUGUCACUCCAGAAAAGGUAGGUAGGGGCCACAGGGCUUCUUGUGCUGCCUUUCUGCUGCCCCUCCCCUGCCAUCUGGCCGCCCUGCAUUCAGCUGCUCAGGGACCGGCACUCGUCCCUUGUCGCCGCAGAAAAGGGUGCUGCCCUCUGCCCCACGCCCUAGGACCUUGUCAUGCGCAUGGUGGCGGUGCGGCAGAGCUUCAUAGGCGAGUGCAUGCUCUCCCUCCCUUCCUCCCUUCCUCCCUUCCUCCCUUCCUCCCUUCCUCCCUUCCUCCCUUCCUCCCUUCCUCCCUUCCUCCCUUCCUCCCUUCCUCCCUUCCUCCCUUCCUCCCUUCCUCCCUUCCUCCCUUCCUCCCUUCCUCCCUUCCUCCCUUCCUCCCUUCCUCCCUUCCUCCCUUCCUCCCUUCCUCCCUUCCUCCCUUCCUCCCUUCCUCCCUUCCUCCCUUCCUCCCUUCCUCCCUUCCUCCCUUCCUCCCUUCCUCCCUUCCUCCCUUCCUCCCUUCCUCCCUUCCUCCCUUCCUCCCUUCCUCCCUUCCUCCCUUCCUCCCUUCCUCCCUUCCUCCCUUCCUCCCUUCCUCCCUUCCUCCCUUCCUCCCUUCCUCCCUUCCUCCCUUCCUCCCUUCCUCCCCUCCAAACCCCCCUUCCCCCGUUCCUUCCUGCCCAACUUCUUCUAUUCUUCAGGCCAAGCUAGUGGCGGCCAAGCUGGUGGCGGUGCGGCAGAGCUUCAUAGGCGAGUGCAUGCUCUCCCCUCCCUUCCUCCCCACCAACCCCACUUUCCCCUUACCCCUUCCUUCCUGCCCAACUUCUCCUAUUCUCCAGGCCAAGCUGGUAGCGGUGCGGCAGAGCUUCAUAGGCGAGUGCAUGCGGCGCCUGGCUGCUGCGAUGCAGCAGCUGGAGGGAGGGACAAGUGCGGGGCAUAACGGGCAGACGUUGGGGGGGCAUAACGUGACCGUGGAAGGGAGAAGCGCAGGAGGAGUGACGCCACCAACUGGGAGGGAUGCUCUGCCCAUGGAAACGAGUGCGGAGGAGAGUGAUGGUGGGGAGAGGACGGGUGAUGCAAGGGAUGGGGGUGGUGAUGUGGCAAUGGCCGGACAGGAGGACGAGGGUGGCUUGGAAGCGAGGGAGAAGGAGAGGGAGGGCGGGGUCGCAGGGAGUGGGGAGAUGAAUGGCGAAGGCAGGGGUGGUAAGGGUGGCAGGGGCAGCAAGGGUGGCAGCAGUUUGGAAGGGCAGGCGUCAGCAGAGGAGCAAGCACAACGCUGUCUCUUGCUCUUGACACAAUUCCUCACGCGCUGUGAGGCCUCCUGCCCGCGCAAAGUGCCGCCCCAUGGUGCCUCCUACCAGGGCAGGCCGUUUCAGGUGGAGGUGAGAUCCGAGGCAGGCCGUUUCAGGUGGAGGCCGUUUCAGGUGGAGGUGAGAUCUGAGGCAGGCCGUUUCAGGUGGAGGAGAGAUCCGAGGCAGGCCGUUUCAAGUGGAGGUGAGAUCCGAGGCAGGCCGUUUCAGGUGGAGGUGACAGUGGCACACAGCAAGCACGUGAACUUCUUCGUUCACACGCAUGCAAACGAGUACCUGCGCUUGCUGCGACUCAAGCUGAAUCCCCGGCCUCGCAGCAGGCAGCAAGGGGAGGGAGGGGAGGCAGAGCUUCCGGGAGUGCUCAUGGCACGACAGGGGGAGGUGGGUUUGGGUUUGCGGGGAAUGGGGUCGGCGGAAGGAAGGAGGAUGGAUCUGAGCGAGGAGAGGGGAAGGGGAGAGCGGAGUGGCAGGGCUGCGGGGCGGACGAGGGUUCCCAAGCUUGCAGCGGACGAGCUCCUCAUGCUGCUGCCCACACACCGCGCCAUUCUUGACGAUUUCGUGGUCAAGCAUCCAGUCAGCGCCAUCAGCAGCCGAGGCUGCAACCAUUCUGACGCAUCUCCUGCGCCCCUCGCCGCGCCUUGUUUAUACGCUGCAGGUGCUGGACGGGCUAUUGCUGCCUGUCAACCGCCAGCCCUCGCCUGCCACCACCUAAUGACCCAUGCUGUCAUCCAUCUGUCUGCCGUAUGCGUCUACCCAUGUGCCUCCAUGCAUCCCACCCACCACCAGGUGCUGGACGGGCUAUUGCUGCCUGUCAACCGCCAGCCCUCGCCUGCCACCAUUCGCUUCCGAGCGAGCUUUCUCCAGUCCAAUGGUUUCAGUGCCCUCAUGUCAGUCUUUCAGAGCCAAGCACUGCCGCGUGCAGCGGAUGACAGCACGAGGCGGAAGUGCUACAUGAGCGCCCUGCACAUUCUCAAGCUCCUGCUGUUUGGCGAUCACUUUGGUGGCGCCUCUAGCACAGCACCAGGCCUCUGGGAAGACUGGGAGCAAGGAAGCGACGAGGAGCAGCUGCCAGAUGCCGCAUACACAGCCGCAGCAGCGGGCACUGUAGCAAGCACUAUAGAGAGCAUUGUGGGGAGCACUGUAGCGCGUACAGUGCCAGUGGCGGCCGCCCCUCUCCUUGCCACGGCACCUGGCGAUUCGUCUGAGCCAACCUGCCUCAUCCGGGCGGAUGGCACAGUGGUGGUAGCGGAAGCAAAGAGGGUGGGUGAGGGGAUGGACGAGGGGGAGGAGGAAGACGUGGAAGUACAGGACAUUCUAGAUAACGGCGGACUCACUGUAGAUACUUGUGAAAAUGCUGCCAAUAAAGGGGUUGUUCCUAGCGAGGACGCCCCAACUCCUCAGCCUCCUGCAGCAGGUGCUGCUGGAGCAGCACAAGCACCAGCGCAGCAAGCAGUGGUAGAAGCAGCUGCUGUAGACUCGUUAGCAGCGGCGACGGCAGCCCCUGUUCCGGCAGCAGCAGUGGCCCCUGUGCCUGAAAGGGAUGUGCCGCCAUUUGUAGCAAUAAUGGAUGCGCCGUCAACCCUGCUGCCGGCUGAUUGGUCAGAGCUCACCAAUACCAUCAUGAUGCUCGCCUGGGCGGCAUCGAUCGGCUCGUUGCAGGCGAUGGGGUCACCCAAUCCGCAUGCAUUCGAUACUGCAGCAGCUGUUGCUCACCUGGCCCUGCAGUCUGGGCUAAAGCAGCGGGUGGAGCGGGCCGGCUCGGGGAAGGGGGGAGGGGAGGAGAGCGAUGAAUCAGAGGACGAGGAUGAUGAGGAGGAAGCGGAUGAGGAUGGGGCGGAUUCACCGUUGCAUCCUGAUGAUGCGUGCCUGGCGAUAGAAGGAGCAGUGGUGCUGUCUGAGUGCCUGGCCCGCCGGCGAGAGAUCGCCGCCAUCCUCUUCGCCUCUCAUUUCGUUUCCAGAUUCAUCGUUGACACCUGCUUGCACUGCCCAGAAACCGAGAUUCGAUACAAAUUCGCGGAGCUCUUUCUCCACAUAAGUACUGGGAGGGAGCAGCUAUGCAAGGUGGUGCACCCGCUGGUUGCUCCUAUGCUACUGGGAGUUGCUAUGCAAGGUGGUGCAGGGGGUGUAUCUUCGAGACGAGGAGGAAGCUGUCAGGAAGCUUCUGGACGAGGAGAUUCGCUGGCUGCAGCACGUGACAUGGGAAAUGGACGGCAGGGAAGAGCUGCUGGAGGGCCAUCUGCUGCUGCUCAAGGUGCUCGUGGAGGUGUUAGAGUGCCGCCAGCUCGUUGCCUGCUCUCCACCACACGGCCAUGGAAUUUUGCACCUGUUUUCCGCCCCCUCUGCUCCGCCUCGCCCUCGCGCAAUGCUGCCUUCACGCUUCUCAUCGCCCUCUGCGCCAAGACCCCUGAAGCCCUACGUGAGCUGGCCUCCCUGCUGCUGCCGCUGCACUUUGCCUCGGUGGAGCACGAGUUGCCAUCAUGGGAGUACCUCCCCAGCUGCGCCCCCCGGCCUCGGGCAGGCUAUUCGGGUCUCAAGAACGCAGGAGCCACGUGCUACAUGAACAGUGUGUUCCAGCAGCUCUUCAUGCAGCCCCAAGUGCGCCGCGCCCUCCUCGCUUUUCCUGAGACGCCCGAGUCGGACCGACCACUAUCCGUGAUCUACCAAGUGCAGGCCAUCUUCAGCUAUCUGCUAGCCGGCUGUGCCGACUACUUCGUGCCAGAAGGUUUCUGGGAUGCCUUCAGGGACUAUGAUGGGCAGCCGGUGAACCUGAGGGAGCACCAGGACGCGUUUGAGUUCUUCAACCGCCUCUACGACUCGCUGGAUGAGAGCAUGAAGGCUCAGCGGCACUCCCCCACGCUCACCUCCAUUUUUGGCGGACAUUUUGCACAGCAGUUCUUCAACCGCCUCUAUGACUCUCUGGAUGAGAGCAUGAAGGCUCAACGGCUCUCCCCCACACUGACUUCUAUCUUUGGUGGCGCGUUCGCUCAACAGGUGCGUGGUGUGGUGCGGUGGGAGGGGCAGGGUGAGAGGGAGGAGCCAUUUGCAGCAGUGAGUGUGGACGUGAAGGGAAAGCGCGGUCUGCAGGAGUCACUAGAGGCUUUUUCCCCCCUUUAUCACCAGACACGCAUCUCCCUCAUUCCCUCCCUUCCCUUUCCUCUUUCCCCUGUGCAGAUCAUCUGUCGAGGCUGCCCCCAUCGCAGUGAGAGGGAGGAGCCAUUCGCAGCAGUGAGUGUGGACGUGAAGGGAAAGCGCGGUCUGCAGGAGUCUCUAGAGGCUUUUUCCCCCCUUUAUCACCAGACACGCAUCUCCCUCAUUCCCUCCCUUCCCUUUCCUCUUUCCCCUGUGCAGAUCAUCUGUCGAGGCUGCCCCCAUCGCAGUGAGAGGGAGGAGCCAUUCGCAGCAGUGAGUGUGGACGUGAAGGGAAAGCGCGGUCUGCAGGAGUCUCUAGAGGCGUUUGUGCAAGGGGACCUGCUGGAGGCGGAUAACGCCUACUUCUGUGGGCAGUGCGGCAAGAAGGAGUCGCUAGAGGCGUUUGUGCAGGGCGACCUGCUGGAGGCAGAUAACGCCUUCUUCUGUGGGCAGUGCGGCAAGAAGGGCGAGCGCGGCCUGCAGGAGUCACUGGAGGCGUUUGUGCAAGGGGACCUGCUCAAGGCAAAUAAUGCCUACUUCUGUGGGCAGUGCGGCAAGAAGGUGGACGCACUGAAGCGUGCGUGCAUCAAGACCCUGCCGCCCACCCUGAUAAUUCACCUGAAGCGCUUCGACUUUGACUACGAGACGAUGCAGCGGCUGAAGCUGAAGGACCGAUUCACCUUCCCCCUCACUCUCAACAUGCGGCCUUUCACCCGCGAGGGGCUCGCUCAGAAGGAGAGAGAGCAGAGAAGGGGACGGGUAGGGGAUGUGGAGAGGAGGGCGGAGGGGAGGGAGGAGGGGGGAGAGAGAGAGCAGGGGCGGGAGGAGGGAGAGGGGGAGGAGAGGGCGCAGCGAAGGGUGGAGGAGGAGGGUAAAGGAGAAAGGGGGCCUGGAAGUGGUAAGGAAGUAAAUGAGGAUAGGGUUGAAGGACGUGUGGAGGAGAAGGGAGGUGAGGGUGGGGAGGGGAGGAAUGAUGGGUAUUAUGAGUACAGCUUGGUGGGGGUGGUGGUGCAUUCUGGGACAGCGUUUGCGGGGCAUUAUUACUCGUACAUCAAGGAGAGGAGCGGCGAUUCUCCGCUGCAUCACAGCCGUCCAUCUCAAUCCGUGCGGUCGAAGCAGCGGUGGCUGUGCUUCGAUGACAAGCGGGUGGAGGCAUACGAUGUGAGGGAGUUGGAGAAGGACUGCUUCGGAGGGAAGUACUCCGCUGAGGUGUAUGACAACCUCAUCAAGACCUCUUCGCCACAGGAGUUUGACCGACCCAACAGCGCCUACAUGCUGUUCUAUGAGCGGAAUGCCCCCACUGCUGCUGGCGCCAGCACCACCAGUACUGCUGCUAUGGCUGCCGAUGCCCCUGCCGCUACCACUGCCACCACCACUGCUGCCACCACUGCCACCGGUGGUGCUGUCAAUACAGCUGCAACUGCAGAAGGGCUGAGGGCAACAGGAGAGGCGCCAGCAGCCGCAGCAACGGCAGAGACAGCAGCAGGCGGCCCAACCACCACCACCAUGAUCACCCCAUGCACAGCAGCAGAGGAGAGGGUAGAUGAAGCGGUGGAGCCAUAUAGCAUCCCUCCCAGCAUACACCACUGCGUGUGGCAAGACAACCUCAGGUUUCAGCAGGAGUCGCGGCUGUUGGAUCAGACAUACUUCCGUUUCCUGCUGCAGCUCGCACGGGUCAACCUCGACGUCUUCCAAAUGUGCCACGAUCGAGGCAAGAUGGCGGCCUUAUCAGACGCAAGGGCAGGCGGGGUGAAGGCGUCACCACAGCGCAGCGAAGCACUGCGGGUGGAGCGAGCAGCAGAGGAGACGGCAGAGGCGCUGCUGUCGCUGCUGCUGCCGUUCCUCUUCCGCGUCUACCUGAGAGCGCAUGCCAGCCUAAGGACAGAGGAUCCACUCUGGACGGACGUGCUAUCGCGCAUGCUGGACGCCAACAGCACAGCAUGUCGCCUCUUCAACGCGCGCAUGGCGGGCAACAGGCGGUGGCUCUUGCACUUCCUCCUCAAGUGCCCCAUCAACGCCAUCUCCGUGGCUGUAGCGGAUCUGCUGGUAACCAGCUGUCACAGCGCCACCUGCUUCGUUAACGCACGUCCAUUGGCUGCUGGUUCAACAGUGCCCACUGCAACUCCUGCUGCGGCUGCUGCUGCAGCAGGAGGAGCUCCUGAAGGGUCGGCAGGGGAUGCUGGGGCAGCUGGAGCAGCAGGAGGGGCAGGGGCAGGUGCGGCAGGGGAAGAUGCAUUGAAUGUGGACGCGCUGAUUGAUUCGCUGGUGUCGCUGCUGAGAGACGCCAGUGGCCCCUCCUGCCACGUGGACAACGUGACUCUGCAGCAUCUUCGUGGACCGUUUACCUUCCUCCUUGUGCUUGACUCUGCGCUCUCCUCUCAUUCCCCUCCCCCCGGCCACUCCCUGCAGCUGUGCAGCAUAUUGGUGGAGUAUGCACGCAUCGGCCCCACCCAGCGCCUCUCCCUCAUUCGCAGACAGCUGCCCGCCACCUGUGUACGUGCUGUGAGCUCAUUUCCUUUCCUUCACCCCGCCCCCUUCCCGCUCCCCCUUGCAGCUGGGCUAUCUGGACCGAGUGGGAAUCGCAGCAGCAGCCAAGCUCCAUCUCUCGCCCCUCCACCCCCUCCUCUCCAUCCUCAUCAGUUCCUGCCACCCCCAGUUGUCCCCAGUCUCUUGACUCACCUCCACAUUUUUCUUUACCCAUUCCCUUCCCCUCUCCCCCUUUCCAGCUGGACUAUCUCGAUCGAGUGGGCAUUGCAGCAGCAGCCAGGCUGCAUCUCUCGCCCCUCCACUCCCUCCUCUCCAUCCUCAUCCGUUCCUGUCACCCCCGCCCACCCCCCUCUCGCCGCCCCACCCCCGCUUCCACCCCCGCAUCUGGGGGGAACGAGGGGGGUGAUGAGGAGGGGGGAGGGGAAGGGGACGAGGGGGGAGGGGAAGCAAGAGCGCAUGGCAAGGGAGGGGGGAGGAGGAAGGGGGAGGGGAGGCCGCAUGGGAAGGAAGAGAGGGGCAAGGGGAAGGCAGGGCAAGGGGGGGGGAGAGAGGCGGAAGGGGCGUAGUGGGGUGUCUGCAGGGGCGGCAGGGGCAGUGGGGGAGGCGGAAGAGGAGGGGGAGGAGGAGGAGGACGCUGGGUUGCAAAAUCCGGCGUUUUUUGGCCGCCCGGUGGCGGUGCUGCCGCCCCGUGUUGCUCAGCUUGCGUCGGAUCCGGAAUACAUCACAUCCAAUCUGGACAACCACGACACCAUCUCUCUCCUCCUGUACAUCUCCUUUGGCAACGAGAGCGAAAGCAUCACCGUACUUCGUGAGGCCAUGAGCUCGCUGCAACGAGCAGCAGUCACGUCAUCUCGCCGCAUUCUCUCGCUGCUGCUGCACCUACUCAAGCUGCCAGAUUCCCUUCAAGAGGCACGCCAGGAGUCCGUGGUGAACGGUUGCCAGUUUUUCCGCCCAGGCGUCUUCGACCUCCUUCUCGCCAAGCAAGUGUCCCCCCUAAAGCGCUACGCCCUCCUCAAGUUCCUACUGGCAACAGCAGCCUUCAGCACCAUGUCGCGGCGCCACAUCGCGGUGAGGCGAGCAGACCUGAGCGCCGUGCUGCAGUGGCUGCAGGAGGAGACUGCCAACGCGCCCGGGCACGAUCUGUCCAAUGAGGAGCUGCCAUCUGGCACGCUGCGCCGCACUGCCACUGUGGAUUCGACCAUCGCCACAGGGCUGAGUCUCAUCAGCCUGCCGCACGAACCCAAUGCAUGA